AUGGAAACCCGCCGCGCCCUUCUCUUCUUCGUCCUUUUGUUCUUCCUGCUGUCUGCACCGGAAUCACGCCCGCCAACCAUCGGCUUCGAGCGGGAGCACCGCCAGCAGAAAACAGAGGAGCGGACACUGUCACUCCUCAAUAGCUCGAGAUAUGGCGACUUGGACAACGCUUCGGAUCGAUGGCUUCCUCUAGGAGGCUUGACCAAGGGUGAUGGCUAUGCAUGGGGUUUGCUCCCAGUCGUUAAGGAGCGCACCAGAGACCAACUAUACUCUAUCCUCCAACGUUCUGGCCUUCUUGAUCAACAACCGAUUGGAUGGCGAACACGACCACUUCGGUCAGAUCUUAAUUCCUCGGAACUUCAUAUUCCCGUAUACCAUAAUGUGACCGGCAAGAUUCGGGGUGACUGGGUGCGCUGGCGGGGUGCUGAGACUGAAAAGCGCCCGCAGUUAAACACUACGGCUAUCAUGCUGAGACAUGAUUAUUUCACUCGUGAAUUUGCUCAUAAUAUAACUGCGGACCAUGGGACUCUUUUGAUUGACUUACAAGAGGAGGAUGGGAAGGGCAUGGCCUUGGCUGAUGCCCGUGCAAGAGAAAUCAGAGCAGAUAUGACACUGUAUACUGACGAGUCGCUGGGGGAUAGUCAUUUCAUACGGCUAUUCGGAGUGCAUUUUCCGUCGUCAGGUGGGAUUAUUCUUAGCACCACCAGCGAAAAGUUCGCAGGGCUGUUAGCGCUGCCUCAAUUCGCUCUUACCAACGAUACAUUUGAGCUCUCUCGUCAGUUGCUGAAUAUGUCACUCACCGAAACUUUGGCGGAGAAGAAAACCGGCUCUGUAGAUUAUUUGCCCUGGUCAUCUCUCCCUCAUGGGCCAAGCACAGUGACAUUUGCCGCGCCAAGGUGCGAAUAUAUUGUGUAUCUUCAGCAACAUCCAGUAGUGAUAGAUGGUCAAAUUGCCCAGCAACCUGUGCUGAAACUGAUCGAAGACGAACUACGCUUCCCAGCAGGUGCUCCAGUACCCUCUCCACCAUUGAUGACUAUGUCUCUGACGCUAUUCUCUCCUGACUGCGGAUUCGUGCUGGAAAACAAGGGAUCACCAUCUUACUCUCCGUCGGACGGACUGUACCUCUCCGGACCAAAACAGGAGCAAUACAGGAAACAUGCGGGACGUCUAGUUGUGAUCAUGGCAGCCGUUCUAUGCUCACAGAUCUCCCUACUGAUAAGACAGAUGAAGGAAGCAUCAACGCCAUCUACCAGGAGCCGUGUCAGUUUCUAUACGAUUGCCAUGAUGUCUAUGGGUGAUGCUCUUUUCGGUUCAUUUAUCCUGAUGCAGUUAUAUGAAGAAGCCCCGUUCCUGCUUCUCACUGCGACUACAUUUUUGGCACUCUUCUCCGUCAGCUUCCUAGCGAUGAAGUUUCAGAUUGAAGUGUGGGCAGUUCAAGCCCCCGAGAGAAGGGACGCCGAUCGAUCAUCAUCUACCCGAGGUGGCGCAGCCGGGCCACAACAAUCACUUCCAGUUUCAGCAACAACCAGUCGCCCAGUGGAUACAGGUGCCACACCCAUCAUCAUCCUACCACCAGACCAGGAUGAGUCCCCAGAAGCAACUGCGGAUCCUCCCACAACCCAAACAACCAGUGACUCAGCUGCUAACGAUACGGGAGCCAUGUACUCACGAUUCUAUUUCCUCCUCUUUGUCCUCCUCUUCUUCUCAUCGUGGGCAUUAUUCUGGCCAACACGCUUGAGUCGCAUGUACGGCCAGCUCAUAUCCUUCCUCUACCUUUCCUUCUGGAUCCCACAGAUCCACCGUAACGUAAUGCGAAACUGCCGUAAGGCACUUACCUAUGAAUUCGUCGUUGGCCAAAGCGUCAUCCGACUAUUCCCCUUCCUCUAUUUCUACGCCAUCCCCGGCAACGUUCUAUUCAUCAAACCAGAUCCCCUAUUCAUCCUCUCCAUAACAGCAUGGGUGUGGCUGCAAACAAUCACCCUCGCAGCACAGGACCUGCUUGGCCCGCGCUUUUUCGUCCCCCACGGCUGGGCGCCGCCAGCGUACGACUACCACCCGAUUCUCCGAGACACCUCUUCUUCUGGGUCUAGCGAAGAUAUCGAAGCCGGAGGCACAUUGCCAAUCGGCUACCUGCGUGGUGACGAGGGUAAUGCAGCAGUUCCCAGCAGCGUCACUAGGGACGAUGGCAAGCAGGGUAGCGCGAACGACAGCAGCGGCAAGGAUAAGGAUAAGGAUCGCAAGAACAGGCUUUUCGACUGUGCCAUAUGCAUGCAGGAUAUUAGCGUGCCUGUCCUCACUGCUCCCAGCGGUGUUGGGGCGGGCGUUGCGCCCUCCAGUGUUGCGGAGGGUGCAGCGAAUCUGCUUAGUCGACGUGCUUAUAUGGUUACGCCGUGCCGACAUAUAUUUCAUAGUACGUGCUUGGAGAGCUGGAUGCGGUUGAGGCUGCAGUGCCCUAUUUGUCGGGAGAAUUUGCCGCCGAUUUAG